CUGUUUAGAAGACGUGGAAGGCCUCACUGCACGAUCGCUCUUUACAUCUCACAUCUCAACUGUCACUUUCCCGAAAUUUUCCUGGUUAUAUAGUAUAUACAUAUACAAACACAUAUAUAUCCAUUUCCUUCAAGAGAUCACCUUGAAAGAGAAACUAGAACGAGAAAGUCAAAACCUAAAAAAAUGGCGCAGCUCUCUGAGACCUACGCCUGCGUACCGUUGACGGAACGUGGACGAGGGAUCUUGAUCUCCGGCGAUCCCAAAUCUAACUCGAUCCUCUACUGCAAUGGCCGAUCGGUUAUCAUCCGAUACCUGGACAGGCCACUUGAGGUCUCGGUCUACGGCGAGCACGCGUACCAGGCCACUGUUGCUCGGUUCUCUCCCAACGGCGAGUGGAUCGCCUCCGCAGAUGUGUCGGGGACGGUCAGAAUUUGGGGGACACGCAAUGAAUUUGUCCUCAAGAAUGAAUUUAGGGUUUUGUCGGGUCGAAUUGACGAUCUCCAGUGGUCGCCGGACGGGAUGAGGAUCGUUGCUUCCGGUGAAGGCAAGGGCAAGUCCUUCGUUCGAGCUUUCAUGUGGGAUUCAGGAACCAACGUGGGAGAAUUUGAUGGUCAUUCAAGGAGAGUUCUAAGCUGUGCAUUUAAGCCAACAAGACCAUUCCGCAUUGUCACAUGUGGGGAGGACUUUUUAGUAAAUUUUUAUGAAGGGCCACCAUUUAAAUUCAAGCUAUCUCACAGGGAUCAUUCAAAUUUUGUCAAUUGUGUAAGGUUUUCUCCAGAUGGCAGCAAAUUCAUCACUGUAAGUUCUGAUAAGAAGGGUUUACUGUAUGAUGGAAAAACUGGAGAGAAAAUUGGAGAGCUGUCUGCAGAGGAUGGCCAUAAGGGCAGCAUUUAUGCUGUUAGCUGGAGCCCGGAUAGUAAACAGGUGCUGACUGUGUCUGCUGACAAGUCUGCAAAAGUAUGGGAUAUCUCUGAGGAUGGUAAUGGAAAGGUGAAGGAGACACUAACUUGUCACGGCUCUGGUGGAGUUGAUGACAUGCUAGUUGGGUGUCUCUGGCAGAACAAUUAUCUAGUCACUGUUUCUCUUGGUGGCACAAUUAGUUUAUACUCAGCAAGUGAUCAUGAUAAAACCCCUCUGUUGUUAUCUGGACACAUGAAGAAUGUUACUUCGUUAACAGUGCUCAACAGCGACCAGAAAGUUAUAUUAUCCAGCAGCUAUGACGGUAUAAUAGUUAAAUGGAUUCAAGGCAUUGGCUAUAGUGGUAAAUUAGAAAGGAAGGUGAAUUCUCAAAUCAAAUGUUUGGCAGCUGUUGAAGAAGAGAUUGUUACAUCUGGAUUUGACAAUAAGAUUUGGAGGAAUUCUCUACAUGGAGAUCAAUGUGGGGAUGCAAAUCCCAUUGACAUUGGCAGUCAACCAAAGGACUUGAGUCUAGCCCUUCGUUCUUCUGAAUUGGCCUUGGUUUCAAUUGAUUCAGGAGUUGUCCUCCUUCGUGGUACAGAAAUAGUCUCAACAAUUAACCUUGGGUUUGUUGUGGCAGCCUGCACAAUUGCAUCUGAUGGAAGUGAAGCUAUCGUGGGUGGCCAGGAUGGUAAACUACACAUUUAUUCUAUCAAGGGUGAUACACUUACAGAAGAGGCAACCCUUGAAAAGCAUCGGGGUGCUAUUACUGUCAUACAUUACUCUCCAGAUGAUUCCAUGUUUGCUUCAGGAGAUGUCAAUCGAGAAGCUGUUGUCUGGGAUCGUGUCUCACGAGAGGUGAAGCUGAAGAACAUGUUAUAUCACACUGCUCGAAUAAACUGCUUGGCCUGGUCUCCCAACAGCAAUAUGGUUGCUACUGGAUCACUUGACACGUGUGUUAUUAUAUAUGAAGUUGGCAAGCCAGCAUCAAGCCGUAUAACCAUCAAGGGAGCUCAUUUGGGUGGGGUUUAUGGUUUAGCUUUCACCGACGAGAACAGCGUGGUGAGUUCUGGUGAGGAUGCCUGCGUGCGUGUAUGGAAGUUAACCCCACAAUAAUCUAGACAAAGGCCAUCCGUGGGGUUCCCAGGUCAUGCAUAGAGUUUGUUAGAUGUGCCAUGUUUUGAUGUGUGUUCUUUUGUGAAUUCGUGUGCAUUGAAGCAGGAGAAAAGGACUGGGAAAUUUGCAAAGAAAGUUUGAUUUGCCUAAAAAUUGGUCAGUGUCGUGAAAAAGCAUACCAGCUCUUUCAGUUCCAUCUGCAUAUUCUGUUAUCAACUGCUAGUAGGAUGAGCUGUAUUUGGAUAUUAGCAGCUUGUGAUGGUAAGGUUUUCUCUAUCAUUACUAUUCAUUAGUGAUCAAAAUAUAGUUGCUCUGAUACAACGACGGUGCGGAUAGAUCUUACUCCCAAUUAGGUUCAUUGUGAGCGAGACCGUGUGACCAUAUAUGAAGGUGUAGACGAUGGUAUUGUAUAGGAUGAUGUGAACCUACGAUAUUUGAACCAUAGAAGUCGUUGCACGGUACAUUAUCAGGAGAUGAUCUUGCCAACAGAGAUUAUGCUUAUUGGAAUUGCUGGAGAAUCAUCGAGUUAAAUGUCUCUAUUUGUAUUGGGUUUCAGGAGAAAAGAAACUGUUACAGAUAUUACGGGCUGGUGCUUGGAGUCGUUUUUGUCUAUUUAUUUAUUUUAAUUUAUCUUUUGACAAUUGAGGUUUCUGAAUGUGAGUGUUUCGUUUUACUUUUGUAGUAAACGAGCUCUAUUUAGAGGAAUGAUUUCUCAAAUGCAGCAAGUCCUGAAUGUAUGGUUUUAGGGUUUUAAAUACUAACGCCUAUUUGCUUCAAUGUCAACAAUAUUAUGGGAGACUCCUGGUGGUUUUAUAUAAAAUUCCUCUAUGACUCUGCAUAUUUUACCUA